UGAUGUGACAGGCUAAGGCCAGGUGGUACUGUUGUUUUUCGGUUGUUUUCGUUUCCACUAUCAGAAAGUUCAGUAACGAUGUCGUAUAGAUUUUCAGGAAUUAUCGUUAGUAACUUUGGCUUAUAGUUUUGAAAUUCAGCAAAAAAUCUCAUUUUUGUAGACAAAUAAGUCUCUACAAUCCGUUUUUUCCCAGCAGCAAAAUGACUUCCGAGUCGCUACAGUACGAUGCUGCCCUCGGGGGCCCGAUUAAGCUUCCGGUGGAAAUCGAUUCGGUCCAGUUCAACGAGGCGCGAAUAAACGAAUUGAAAAGUUUCCUCCUGACCAUCGCAAACACCGAGAAGCAGACUAAACUGAUGCACCAAUCGUUGCCCCUUCAUAUGCGACGAAGAGCCAUGAGUUACAAUCCCAAGAGACUUCCGAGAAAGUUUCGCAAGGCACACAUCUCGCAGUAUUCCAAAAGUGGGCUCCCGGAGAGGAAGAAGAGGCCUUCUAGGAAGUAUAGGAGGAAGGCGCGGAACCUGCUUCAAGAAUACAACAGACGGAAGCGAACCAAUAUGUGGCUGGAGACGCAUAUUUGGCAUGCCAAGCGAUUCCAUAUGAUCCCGAAGUGGGGAUACAAGAUUCCUUACACUCCCACCAAUAAAGGCUACAGAGCGUGCUAUCGAGCCACGGCGAAGCACUGCCUUCUCCAAGAUAUCUCGUACUACGGAUGCAUCGAGAUUCAGGGCCCCGAAGAUGUUUUGAAGAGCGAUUUGAAGAGGAUGUGCAGCGAGAAGGUGGGACUGACCAUUGCUGCUAAGGCUUUCCUAGGCGGUAAAAGAUCGGGGAACGUUUGGAUGUACAGAAAGGAUCAAUAUCCCAAUCAGUGUUUGGGCAAAGUCAAAUUUGUUUGGAAUAGCGAACCACUUAAGGAUGGCAGGAGAAUGUUAUGGCUAUUUGCACAUCCUGCAUUUUAUGGCAAACUGGUGGAGGAACUUAUUAUUCUGUUUGAUUUGAGGAAUGCUUAUCGCGACGAUCUAAUGGAUCUAGAUAAUCCACUGGAUGUAUCAAAAGUUACCAAGAACUCAGGUACAGUUCGUAUUCCAAAGUACGUUAGUUCAAAGUUCUCAAUCGAACUCAAAGAAUUGAAAGAUACGUUAAAUUACUUUCGUUUAACUGGCCCAUUGUCCCAUGCAAUUCUGAGCAAAGCCUUUAAACCUUACACUCAAUCCAAUAACGAGAAUUCGAAAGAUUGGCACUCGGAUUGGAUAAGAACUGCCAAUAAUGAAAAAUCUACCAAACAACAAAUCAACUUCUGGGAACAGACGAAGGACCUGACCACCCCUGGAGCCUUGAGUCCCGGCUUGGUGAUCGGUUUACUGGCAGAAGACCCCCGCCUGAAUCGAAAGAAGAAACGAACCAAAGCCCUCCCAGACCUAAUUGCAACCAAUCGUGAUUUGCCGGAAAUUGAUUCAUAUUUAGCCAGUUCUCCCAUCUGGACGGAAUCGAUAAGGGAUACCGUCACCAAGAAAAUGCUAUCAACCCACCAAUUGAACGAGUUGAGAACCAGCCAAGGUCUAGUCCCAGGCGAAACAUGCUCUUUCGAGGCUAACAUCCAACCCGUCCCGUUGCUUUUGAUGCAGAAUCCAGGCUCGCAAGAUGCCGAAUUCAAACAGCUUGGCUAUGGAGCUGGGUGGGAUCUAAUUGCCCCUUCCGGCUAUGGGCUUGCCAUAUGGCAAACAUUGAUCAUGUGGGGGGCGAAACCUGCUGGGCUGAAGGAGACCGAAAUGCAAGCGCUCGAGUCGGGAAUCGAUACCAUGCGGGUACCGGAUACGGUUUUAGGUCGAACGGAAGCCGACGUGGAACACGAGAACAAAUGGAACAAAUACUUUGCCAAACCUAACAAUCGGCGCGUAAACUACAAGAAGCUGUCCAUCGCAUCUCCGUUCCGUUGUCCCUGGACGCAGCUGAUAUCGGAAUGGGGAGGACCGGAGGAGGGCAAUUUCCACGUUCUUCGUGACCAGGAAACGCUGAGUAAAAUUCAUCACGCCUUAAAUCGCAAAUUCAAUCUAAAAUCGGCUCAGAUGACCCCUUCGUCACUCAUUCCGGUGUAUCUGACCAUGAAAACCCGAGGAAAUCCGGGCGACAUCGCCUUAAUUUGUCUACCUCUUCGUUCGGAUUUCCGAGAGAACAAGCAAAAAAGGCAACACACCGAUUUCAGCCCGGUGCAUACGGAACCGCUUCGCAAAGAUCCGGAGCAAAAAGAAAGAAUCCUGCUGCGCAAACAACAUUUGCGACUUUUGAAGCGACUGCGCAAUAGAAGAAUCCGCCAGAAGAAAGCUCGCCAACGUAAGAAUCCGGGAACUUUGAUUCGCAUCGCGAAACCUCAAAAUGAAAAACUCAUCAGAGACCAACUGGCCAAAAUGCGGGAAUUGUGGCUUCCCGCCAAACCGGAAAGCAUUCGGAACCAGUGCAGCCGGGAAUGCUUCGGCUAUGUUACGCAGUGCAACUUUAGUCUGUCCGAAGCCAAGGUUACCGCUUUGGGAUACGUGACGACCAAGGGCCUGGAGAAGCUGUAUAAAACGUGCACCAAGGGUACGUUUAAAGUGCUCGUUCGGGGCACUAAGUCACGCUGCUAUCGCUUUGCUACGAUUAAGAUACGAACCGACUGACGUUCUUCUUGUUUAAAGUGUUCUUUACUUAUUAUAAUAAAACGAAAUGUUGAAUUAA